AAGAUUAGCACCACAAUAUAUACUCAACCCCAGAGCAACUAGUCUAUUACAAAUUACAAUGAUGAAAACCCUUGCACUCUUCGGCCUUGCCGUGGCCUUCUGUUUCCUAUCUGGUGCUCAUGCUGCUAAAAUAACUUUCACAAACAACUGUCCGACAACUGUAUGGCCAGGAACUCUAACUGCGGACCAGAAACCCCAGCUAUCAACUACUGGAUUUGAGCUGGCAUCCAAAGCAUCCUCAUCAGUUGAUGUCCAAGCUCCAUGGAUAGGCCGGUUCUGGGCCCGAACACGAUGCACCACGGACUCCUCAGGAAAGUUCUCUUGUGAAACUGCUGAUUGUGCCUCCGGCCAAGUUGCAUGCAACGGCGCCGGUGCAAUUCCGCCGGCAUCUUUGGUAGAAAUCAACAUAGCAGCUAAUGGUGGACAAGAUUUCUACGAUGUUAGCCUUGUAGAUGGCUUCAACCUCCCUGUUUCAGUUGCUACACAAGGUGGGACCGGUGAGUGCAAGUCCUCAAGCUGCCCGGUAGACGUGAACGCUGCGUGCCCCGCUGAGCUACAAGUAAAAGGUUCUGAUGGAAGUGUGAUCGCUUGUAAGAGCGCAUGCACAGCGUUCAAUGAGCCAAAGUAUUGUUGCACUCCCCCUAAUGAUACCCCGGAGACAUGCCCAGCUACAAGCUAUUCCAUGAUUUUUGAGAACCAAUGCCCUCAAGCUUAUAGCUACGCUUAUGAUGAUAAGAACAGCACAUUUACUUGCUCCGGUGCACCUGACUACGUUAUUACUUUUUGCCCUGCAGCUUGAAUUUACGAAGAGGAAUUAUUCGUUCCUUCUUCUCUCUAUAGUUAUAAGAGAACAAUAAGUGUCAUUGACUAAGGCAUAUACAUGAUUGUGUCAAUGUAAUAAACGCUUGAAUGAUAUUUAUUAGUAAAUGAAUAAUGCAAGUAUACUUGCAUUGUGCUUAAUUAUGACAAGAAAUAUAUCUUCAGCUACAAUUAAUAUUUUA